UAAAUAGACACCAACCAGGAUGAAGCUCGAAAAUUCAUGAGGAGAAUAGAAGGGUUUGCAGUUGAUAAAAAGAGUCUCUAAGUAUGUGUUACAUGUAGCACUGUGACACUUGUACACCAACCUUCAUUUAUGUAGAAACAGAUUCCACCACCUCUCAUUUUCCCGGACAGUUCCUUUAUGCACCCGGAAGCCCGGUAUGGAGUCGUUGAGCCAGGUCUCCCUGAAGCACAGAGCGUGCAAAGUCAGUCAGUCCUGUUGACGAGAAGGAUCUCAUCCAUUUUGUUGGUUAGAGAGCGGAGAAUUGCUAGGUAGAUGGACGGGAGUGCAGUCCGGUUUCCUCUCUGUCAAAGCCUCACUAAGGCGCCCGCUCGCUUUCCACGUCGACAUCUUCUCCAGGUCCCGUAGAGCGCAGCUGCGCCUCUGAUCAGAAUGUCCACACAGCAUUCUUCGUUCACAAAGAUCGGAAAAAGAAUGGAUUGUUUCCGGCGCAGUUUCAUGCCGAAUUAUGCCGCCGCAGAACUGUUCCAACUAUGAGUCACGUAACGUUGUCCACGGGAAAUGAAUUGGAUUUAUAGCUCUACAGACCUGCACUAGCUCAGCAAUGGUAAGCUAUUCUUACACCUUUUACGUCAGACUGUGUACACAUCACGUAAUAAGAAGAUCCGCGGCUGUCUCCUGUCCACUAUAAGACACAACCACUUACAUGAGUUAUCUUUAUUUUCUGCGCUUUAGGCCAAAUGGCACGCAGAGAGAGGACAGUUAUAACGAAGGAGCAAAAAGAGGCGCUGAAGUCCUCAUUCCAGGAAGGAAUGACAAGUGUUGGCUCACCAUUAAUCCCAGCAGCUGCUGAGGCUACUGGCUUGGCCCCUGCUGUCAUAGAAAACUGGAUUGGAAACUAUAAAAGGUCCCUAAAGGCACCUUCUGACCGGAGGCCUCGAAAGCCCAAACUUCACACCCGAGAACUUUCUGCUUACAAUCUCUUUUGCAGAGAUCUUCUAAGAAACAAGGGCACACUCAGAGAUAUUAAGCCCAGGUGGUCCUCAUUAGGGGAGGAGCAGAAGAAUAACUACCUCGAAGAGGCAGCCGCCCUUAAGGCUGAAGGAAAAACACAGCACCUUAGCCCUGAGAUGAGGGAGCUUAAGGUUAAAAAGCACCUGAAGCAGCUCAAGUUAGAGGUAUCCAGUCUUGAGGCGCUGGGUGUGGAAACAGCCGUGCUGUCACUCGACCGCCUGAAGGCUGACUCCGAGGUGCAUAAAGUGAGCAGCAGAGGAGCCGCCGGCUUCCUCGACUCAGCGGACACGGUCAACAGUUUUGCUAUGCAUUUUAAAGGUAGCUCUUCAGCUGCGUCUACCACUAAAGAGCCAGUCAGUGUCAUGGUUAAAAGGGUGCAGGAACUAUUCAACCAAAAGUACAAGGAGGCCGGGGGUGACGGGAGGCUACCAUACCAGUCUCUGCUAAAUCAAAGCAUCACCAUACAUGUCGCUGGGCUGCCAAAUGGCAUAACACUAAAAAAACCAUCCUUUUACGGAAGAUUACAGCUGGAGGAAAUACUGAAGGCUGCAGAGCAGAUUUCCUUUCAGAUAGGCCCAGGCAGAGGUAUCCCGACAAAGACUAUGGACGAGAUACUAACAGCAAUGUGUGAAAACGACUCAUCGGACAUUUGCUGUGUCUGCUAUACUCAUUUCAACAAUGACAAGAAGAAUGCUGUGAAGAAAUGGCGUCAGUGAUGUCAGUCCCACACCACGGUCGCACACGAGGGCGGUUUCACAAAGAACUUGUUGAUUCGUUGAAAAGUCAGAGCCAUCCUGCAGCCACAGUUAGCUUUAGGGACAAGCUCUGCCCAACAAACAUUUCUGACAUUCCUGCCCACCAUACACCCACAGUCCUGCUUUCCAUCUUAUCUUUAUAGUCACCUAAUAAUGAUCAUAAUUACCUUUAUUUGGCCAAGUAUGUUGCACACAAGGAAUUUGUUUCCGGUACAGAACUGAGGCAGCCAUCUGU